UGGCCGCUGUGCACCGUGGACUGUGUGUACUUGUGUAGUAAAGACUAGAAGGAGGAGGAGCUGAUUGUGAGCAGCCUGAUGUCGAGUGCGUGUCGUGGCGUAGUGAGUAGGUGAAUAAAUAAGAAUAUCGGUAUAUCGCGAGAUGUGAUGCCUCCAAGAAGGGUGCGGUGAGUGAAUAUCCAUAGGUGCGUGUCGCGAUUCGAGAAUGUCUUCGGACUGGCGUUGAUCACCUCGCGAGGGUUAUCCAAAAGCAGUAAAAGCAGGAGCGAGUCGCAUGUAAUCGAAGUAAUGAAACCGGUGUCGGAGAGCGAGCUGGGCGUGGAAGAGGUUAAAGUCGUCUCAAACUCAACGGCGGCAAUCCGGGUUGACGGGGCGACGGACGGAGGGACGCGAAGCGCGGAGAGCACCAGGUUCCGACGGACCUUCACGCUGCCGAAGAACCCGUUCCAGACCGCGGCGAAGAUGUCGAAGCGUCGGGUUAAACACAAGGACAGCGGACAGCAGCAUCAGCAUCAGCCGGACGCGAACGCUCCCCAGGGACAAAUCCACCCUGGCGGCGGCUUUUACGCGACGGGCGAACGGCAGCCCGGGAAAAAGAUCUUUAGACGGCCCUCGUGGAAGAAACUGAUAAACAAAAUGGUCCAGCACAUGUCGAGCGUCGGGGUCCAACAGAAACCCUCGAGCUGCGACGGGCUGAGCCUCUCGGCCCACGACCUCAGGGUGCCGCCCCCCAGGCCGGCGCACAUUCCGCCUGACCGCGUGCCCGGGGUGAUCGGGCUCAGGAAUCACGGCAACACCUGCUUCAUGAACGCCGUACUCCAGUGCCUCUCCCACACCGAUAUACUCGCCGAGUACUUCGUCCUCGACCAGUACAAGGUCGACCUCUCUCGUCGCAAUAAGCUCAACUCGAAGAAGUACGGGACCAAGGGUGAAAUCACCGAGCAACUCGCCCUGCUACUCAAGGCCAUAUGGAGCUGCCAGUACGACCCUGAAAUGAGCACCGCCUUCAAGAGUGUCGUCGACAAGUACGGGAGCCAGUACAGGGGCAAUCUUCAACACGACGCGCAGGAGUUCCUGCUUUGGCUACUGGACAAGGUUCACGAGGAUCUCAAUCAGGCGACGAAGAAGAAGUACAAGAUCAUCAAGAAUUCUUUUGGAAGACCGGACGACAUUGUGGCGGCGGAAACGCUCGCGAAUCACGUGAGAUGCAACAACUCCUUCGUCCACGCCGUGUUUCAAGCACAGUUCCGGUCGAGUCUGACGUGUCCGCGAUGUCAUCGGCAGUCGAACACCUUCGAUCCGUUUCUCUGCGUCUCGGUACCCGUGCCGCAGAAUCACCGACAGAUAAGCCUCUUCAUAAACGUUCUUUACACGUCGCAACAACCACGUCAAGUCAAGAUCGGCGUGAGCGUAAAUCAGGCAGCUAACGUCAAGGAACUUCGCGAAAUCCUGGCCAGCGACACUGGAAUUAGUGAGGAUCAUAUGCUGCUGACGGAAGUUCACGACGAAGGAUUUCAUAGAACAUUCUCCGACUGCCAACCACUUUCUGUGAUAACGGAGAACGAUCCUUUGUACUGCAUAGAAUUACCGCAGCUCAAGGAGCCGACGGAGCAGGCGUACAUUUUACUCGUAUGGAUAAACGUCCUGGUGAAAGGGGAUUUAAGGGAACGAUUCGGUAGUCCGUACACGAUGCAGGUGUCGAGGGAAACCUCGUACGAAGACUUGCAGAAACUUCUGCUCAAGGAAAUGCACACGACAUUGUCCGAAGACGUUCUCACGUCGAGCCAAAGUCCGGGUCUGUUCAACAUCAGGGUGGCUGACCCGGCCGCAACCCCCGUUCAGGACGAGCAUCCCUGCAUAGAUCCCUGCGUCGAGCAUCCUCUUUACACUGAACAAAUCGAGCAGGCGCUGGCUCUCUGUGCGGACGACUCUGGACCUCAGCACGUAAAGCUGAUCCUCGAAUGGGACGAGGCUACCAAGGGGAACAUCAUCCAGGAUGAUUCCGACCAAAUCGAGGAACACGCCAGCGUUAAACAGUUAAAGACCAACUCGGAACAGGGUGGAGUAGUGACGCUCGAGGAGUGCUUCGACCUCUACACCAAAGCCGAGAUCCUGGGGGCGGAAGACGCUUGGCACUGCCCGUACUGUAACAGGAAGCAGGAAGUAGUCAAGAAGCUGGGACUUUGGUCCCUGCCCGAUAUAUUGGUCAUACACUUGAAGAGGUUUAAGCAGCAGUCGAAGCAAAGGUCGACCUCGAAGCUCACGACGCUGGUCGACUUUCCGCUUUACGGUUUUGACAUGACACCGCAUCUCGCUCACAACAAUAUGCAGACGCAUACGAACCUAACGAUGCUCGGAGGGCUUGGAUGGUCACCCUGGAAGAAGCCCAGACCCAGGCAGAAUCUUCCGAAGUACGACGAAAACGUCUACGAUCUCUACGCCAUAUGCAAUCACCACGGGCAGGAUCUUCAGGGCGGUCAUUACACGGCGUUUUGUCGGAAUCCUUACGACACUCAGUGGUACUGCUUCGACGAUACCAGAGUCGAGGCUGUCACCGACACAAAUUUGAUAACUAAUGCGGCUUACAUGUUGUUCUAUCAGAGGCGAGGACUCACCAAUAAUUCCGCCGGCAACUCGUCCGCAGCUUCGACGAGCUCAGCUGGGUCGGGACUUGAUCAUUGGGUAGCGAGAAUGCCACCUUUUCAUUUUAGUAAUAAGAAUACCGCCAGUGUUGGCAACAAUAAACAGAGCAAAUCUCAGGAGGUUUUGUGCCAGGAUAAAAUCGUCGAGGAAAAGAAUUUGAACAAUUUCAACAGAGGUUGUCGCAACUAUGCAACUCUUCAACCCAAAAAACGCAACGUCGCUACUGAAACUGAGACUGGCGAAACUGAUCAUUAUUCCGACGACGAAGCGCCGCCAAGGAGAGAAUGGGCCUCGCCGAAGCCGGUAAGGAAGACGUCAUCCAUCGCACUGACUCCCCUUCUUCCAGCUGUGAUUCACGAUGAAAACGGCGAACCGGAACCUGCAGUGAUACAUGAAUCUACUUUGUAACACACGAUCUAAGUCGGGUGUUGAUCCGACGUGUAAGCGUGGCUUGGACAAUGCCGUUGAAAAUCGGAUUUAAUAAUGACAAAAAUAAUUAUAGUAAUAAUAGGAAUAUAAGCGAAGGUAUAUUAUAUACGAAAAAGUCUGACAAACUGAUUUAAUAUUUAAAAAGAAAAAGACAGUGAAUAUAAGUCUGGGGUUUUUUGUAUUUUAAUCAUCAUCGUACGGAUAUGUUAUAAUUGUAUCGAUUCGUCUAAUGAUUGACAUUUAACUGGUUAUUAAUAAUAAUAGUUAUAUAAUAAUACAGCAUAGUUGUGUACAGUUUUUGGAAAUAAUUACAAAAGAUCUCAUAACAAUUAUGCUCUUUCGAAGCUAUUUCUGAUUACGAAUUUAAAGUAUACAUAUUACAUAUACAAUAUACAUAUAUUAUAUUCUAUUCUAUUAUAUUAUCGCAUACGAUCU